AUGCGGCUUCACACCUUACCGGUCUCGUUCAUUGCUCUAUUGCAACUCUGCAUCGGAGCUUCAUGUUCGUCGUCAACUGACACGUCGAACGCGACCCAUCCACCGUUGUUCGUCGCCCCGAAUCCUCGACUAAAGACCUAUCACACCGCCCUAUCGACACUGCUUCCGAUCCUGCCCAUCCUCGCACCUCCACCAACACAUACGCUUCUGGUGACCUUGGCGACCUCAGCUUUCAAACCCUUGCUGUACAACUACCUCUGUUUCCUCCGCUACCGAGCCAAGUGGGGGACGACCUCGCCGACGCACGAGCAAUCCAGAGGAAACGAGACCGACCCCAACGACCGAUGGUCCUUCAUACGACGCAAACAACUCUACGAGGAUACUCAAAAAAUCCUCAUCGUCACUUCCGAUCAAGCGCUCGCGGAGGAAUUGAGCGAGUUCGGCAUCGUCGUUUGGUAUUUGGAUGCGAUUGAUUGGCAUUCGACAGAGGCGCGGGAGUAUAUCGAUGAGACGUUGGAGGAUGAAAAGCUCAGGAAGGAGUUUGAGCGAAUUAUAAGGGAUGAUCCGUUCGCUACUGUGAGGAUGAUGGAUCUCUUGUUGCCGCCGACGAGGAUCGAGUCCAAUUCGUCGGCGAUAAAGCAGAUUCGAUCGAGGGUGAAGGGUUUCGGCGCCAAGAUGUUGGAAUGGGGGUCGUUGCAUUAUCAGUCAUUGAUGCUCGAACGGACACUCGUCAUGUCGACACUGGUCGGAGCACUGGUGGAGGCGCAGCAAGUUGACACGAGAUGGAGGGUGCAGCAAGAGAGGGAGUGGAAGGACAAGUGGGAGGAUCAUGACUGGGAUAACGAGCCGCCGUUGAUCGAAGAGCCUUUUGUGGGUGUCAAAGGCGUUUUGCUAGCUGAUAAUGAUGCGGUCUGGUGAGUGCACUUAUAAAGCCGCUCUCUCGCUUGAUGACACAGCAGUGCUGACUCCCUCAAUCUUCUAUUCCCAGGCUCUCCAACCCAGCCUCAUUCUUCGCCCAUCACUAUCGACCCCAGGGCUCGCACCCCUCGUUUGUCGUCGCAUCCGACACCGAUCCCUACUCACCCCAUAUCAGCCAAUACGGUCUAUCCUACACCCCUUGCGCAUGCUUCAUCUACUCUCGAACCAGCGAUGCCGAAGCCCCUUCGGCUUCUCCGAACCCCCUCCCCGAAGCAAAGGAUCAUUACAGUCCUUCAACUGGAGCAGCAACGGGUUGGCGAUUCACAGCGAUCUGUCAUAUCGCUAUGGUUCUUCGAUCUAUCGAAGACGGUCUCGCACAAGUUAUUGGAGCGGAUGAUGCGGAAUUGGACGCCGAAGGUAAAGCGAGGUUAUCAACUCUGCGUCGAGCGAUCGCCCCUUCUUUUCAAGGCACCUCGUUGGGUCCGGCGAUGUUCUUGGCUGAGGAUGAGGAUCCGGUCUUACCCGUCCUUACGCAUGAGGAAUGGAUGGAAACUCUUGGAUCGUUCGACGAGUCCAAAAUUGUUGGCUUACUCAAAGAAGCUGGCCUGGGAGGAGCUCUGAGGGAUCUCAUUAAUGACCCGGAAGCUUACGCCAAUAACGCUCGGGAUCGUCGGAAGAUGUGUGAAGAUUUGGCGAUCAGCAAAUCCAAACGAACGACCUGUCCGAAUCCCAUACCAGAGAUGGACAGAACCUCGUUGACGAUUCCUGCUCAAAAAGGGAGGGCGUUCCAUCGGGGUAUCAAAACCGAAGUUUUGCCUUACGACAUCUUCCCGCCCGGGAUGCGAUACUUUGAUGGUGGUCUCGCAAGUGGGGAGAGGCCUUGCGUCGUUCAUGCGAAUUAUGCGACGGGAAAGACGAAGAUGGAGCUUUUGAAGAGGGAAAAGCUGUGGGCUUUGGUGCAGGAUGAGCAGGGGCAGUAUAGAUGCGAUGCUGAGGUUAUGGACAGAGCCAAGUAG